AUGCAACUUGUCAAAGAAUUUUCUAAGCUUAUGCAAAGAGAGUUUGAAAUGAACCUUAUGGGAGAGCUAGAUUACUUCCUAGGUCUGCAAAUCAAACAACUAAAUGAAGUCAGAUUUUUUUGUCAAACCAAGUAUGGAAAGGACUUGCUAAAGAGAUUUGGCAUGGUUGAUGCAAAGUCCAUUGACACUCCGAUGGUUACAAACGGUAACUUGGAAAGGAACGAAAAUGGUAAGAAUGUGGAAGUGAAGAAAUAUAGAGGUAUGAUAGGUUCUCUUCUAUAUCUCACUGCAUUUAGGUCAGAUAUCAUGUUUAGUGUCUGUAUAUGUGUCCGAUAUCAAUCAACCCCUAAGGAAUCUCAUCUCAAAGUCGUCAAACGUAUUUUUAGGUAUCUUCAUGGUACUUUAAAUUAUGGGUUUUGGUAUUCCAAAGGGAGUGAUUGUAGCUUAGUUAGUUACACUGAUUCCGACUUUGUCGGUUGCAAGUCGGAUAGGAAAAGCACUAGUGGGACUUGUCACAUAUUUUCAAAUUCCUUAGUUAGUUGGCAUAGCAAGAAACAAGUUUUAGUUGCUUUGUCAACUGCCGAGGAAGAAUACAUAGCGGUCGGUGGUUAUUGUGCUCAAAUUAAUAAUUACUUUAUUUUGAUAUAA